ACAACAAACCUUGAGAGUUUCUUAUUAAUUUUUUAAAAAAUUGAAGCUUAGAGAGGAAACUUAAAAAAUGGGUUAUCAUAAUAUAAUCAUGAUUAUCUUAGGAAUAAUGGGAGUCAUAAGCUUUGCUGAGGCACAAUUAGAGCUUGGAUACUAUGCUAAAAGUUGCCCACGAGCUGAAGAAAUUGUGCAGAAUUUUGUGCAUAAACACAUCCCAAAUGCUCCAUCUUUGGCUGCUCCUCUUCUUAGAAUGCAAUUCCAUGAUUGUUUCGUUAGGGGUUGUGAUGCAUCAGUGCUUUUAGAUGUAACCAAAGUGGGAAAUAAUGAUACAGAAAAGACUGCUAAUCCAAACUUGUCCCUUAGAGGGUUCGGAUUCAUUGAUGGAGUUAAGAGCUUACUUGAGGCAGAAUGUCCUGGUGUUGUUUCAUGUGCAGAUAUCAUUGCUUUAGUUGCUAGAGAUGCAGUUUGGACUAUCGGCGGUCCAUGGUGGCCGGUACCAACUGGUCGACGAGACGGGCUAAUCUCAAACGAAACAGAAGCACUACAAAAUAUUCCACCACCAUUUAGCAACUUCAGUUUUCUCCAAACCAUUUUUGCUAGCAAGGGUCUUGAUUUAAAAGACUUAGUCUUACUUUCUGGUGCACACACUAUAGGAAUAGCACAUUGCCCAUCAUUUUCCAACCGGUUAUACAACUUCACCGGACUAGGUUACGGCCAAGACCCAUCACUCGAUAGCGAGUAUGCAGACGUUCUCAAGGCAAGAAAAUGCAAAACACCUACAGACAACACAAGUAUAGCCGAGAUGGACCCCGGAAGCUUUAGAACAUUCGAUCUUAGCUACUACAAACUAGUCUUAAAAAGGCGCGGGCUUUUUGAAUCCGAUGCAGCCUUGACAACAUCUCCUACAACACUUUCUUACAUCAAACAGCUUGUUGAUGGUCCAUUGGAAACAUUCUUUGCUGAAUUUGGUGCAGCUAUGGUUAAAAUGGGUCAAGUUGAAGUGCUAACUGGGUCAGCUGGUGAAAUAAGGAAGCAAUGUUCUGCUGUUAACUAGCAUUAAAGCUAUGUACAUUAAAUUUGUUAAUUUGUUUGUAUGGUGACUUUGUUUACUUUUUGUAUGUGUUUGGAUGUUUCUUAGGAAUGGUUUCGAUUGGAAGUAAUUUAUUAUUUGUUGUUCAAAUAGUUGAGGGGGCAGUUGUUGUGCUUGUUCUUGUACCUUAACUUAUGUUACUUUUUCAUUGGAUGAUAGAGAUGGUUUUGAAUACAAUAAAAGGUCCUCUUUGCUUAA